CGCUGGGGCUGGGCUUCCGGAGAAGCCAGAGGCCGGACCAGGGCCCCGCGGCAGCGCUGGGGGAGGAGCGCAGCGCCUCUGAGCGCAUCAGGAAGCGCUCUCCAGGCCGGCGAGGCAGUACACUUCCGCCGUUCCCACGGCUCCGGGAGAGACAGCGCAGGUGCUCGCUCUCCAAACACCGCUGCAGUGCAUCUCAGCGCGCUGAUUGCGCUCCACUCCAGAAGAAGCCCCAGCAGCGUCAUGGAGCCCUCAGAAAACAUAAAGAACCUGCUGAUGCUAUAUGAAGAAGAAGCUGAGGAAUGGGCUGUGUACCUGAGAGACGUCCUCCUCCAUGUUGUAGAGAUGGAGGCGAUGCUAUUGUAUAGCUUGGCCAACUCCUCUGACCGGCAUUUGGACUUGCUGGGCUUAAACUCUUACAAAUGCAAACUACUGAUAUUAUCACAUAGCCUCCUGAAAGGUCUGACCCCUAGGAAAUGCCGCUUUUUGGACAGGCUGCUCCAUUCCCCAGAGAGUGUGGUCAUCCUACUCUGUGGAGUAAAUAGCUCAGAUGAGCUUUAUGAAUUAUUAACCAUCUCCCGAGGCAGCCAGGAGAUCUCUACUGAGCAGGAGCCAGAAGAAUACAUCUCAGUGAUCAGGAGCGUCAUAGAAAGAGGUUCCCAGAAUUACUUUGAAGUUAACAAUCCACUAGAAAUAGGAAUGGAACUCUAUACAGAAACAAAUACAACAAGAGAGAUUGAGGCAGCAUCAGAAACUCCUGAAAGCAGUGUGUCAUCAGUACUAGUGCUACCAGCUAAAAUAUCCUGUGAGAAUCCUGGUGACAUAUUCAUUCUUUUGAAAGAUGAAAUAAUUGGUGACAACAUUGAAAUUGAAUUUGCUACAGACAGCAAGUGUGUUAGAACCCGACCACCUCUUUGGAGCAAGACAGUCAGGCGUAUGAAAGCUUUAGAUUUCCCUGCUGGCUCUGUCAAUGUAAAUGUCUACUGUGAUGGAAACAUUAAAACUACAACAGAGAUUAUAUAUCACACAACAGAAAAGGAGGUUGAACACCCACUCAAAGAGGCUGAUCCAGGAGAUGUAGCUCAACAGGCCUCAUUAGAAGAACUUGAUACUAUUCUCACCUCCAUAUUCCAAGCUGAGAUACCACAUUAUGAUCUUAGAAAUCUCCAACUAGAAAUGCACCAUCAAGAAAAUAAACAGUUUCAAGAAUUUCCAAGCCUUCUCCAUUGUGCUGCAAAGUUUGGCUUAAAGAAUUUGGCUGUCCAUUUACUUCAGUGUUCAGGUGCAACUUGGGCAUCAAAAGCUAGAAACAUAGAAGGAGAAGACCCAGCACAUAUCGCUGAAAGUCAAGGUCAUGGGGAGCUCAAGAAAAUCUUUGAAGAAUUUUCAAUUCAUGAAGAUAACAGGAGUGAACAUCUUGAAAGCAAGUAUGUAGAAAAAGUGGAACAUGUAAUACCUUCAGCCUCUGCAUUUUGUUCUGCAAUGAUGCCACAUACAACACAUCACCAUGGAAGAGGACAGAUCUACAAGGAGGAAGCAGAGGAAGGAAAAAAGGAAGGGGAAGAGGAACAUGACCAUGAAGACAGUAGACAGGAGAGAGGCACCUGGGUUGAGUCAGAUGACGAGUUAUAUGUUGUUGUUGCUGUGAACAAUCAAAAAGGGAAUUCAGAAGAUCCCUUGUUCUCUGAAAGACCUCCACUCCCCCCUCCUCGAGCUGUGGUUUCUCCCACUGGACUAGAAAAGCCGCAUUGUCUGUUACCAGGGAAAAUACUAGAAGGACAAAGUGAACGCAGCCAGGCCUGGUGCACUCUUGGAAUUAAAAAAGAGACAGAGGAUGAGCUGAAAAGGGAGAUGGAAAAGAAAGAAGAGUAUGAGGAAAAAGAAGAGGAAGACCCUUAUACAUGUGCAGAAAUUGAGGAGAAUGAAUAUGACAUAAUAUUGGCCAAUGGGAGUAUGAAGAAGAAAAUAGGCAGCAGAUCUUUCAUCAUAAACAGACCUCCAGCCCCAGCCCCAAGACCAGCAAGUGUUCCCGUUAGAGAGGGGACCGUGCCUUUUAUAGCUCAAGUGUUUCAGCAGAAGACCAGCAGACCCCAGCAUGAUGGUGACAAGCUCCAGGCUCCUGUCAAAAAGUCAGAUAGAAUCGGAAUGGACUAUCAACGGUGUUCUGCCCUGAAAUGCUGCAUACCUUCUGGACAAGAAGAACUCAUUCUUUUGCAGGAAAAAGUAAAAACUGGAGAAAUUUCUAUGGAUGAAGCCUUGAAGAAAUUCAAACAGUGGCAAACUGAAAAAAGUGGACUGGAAGUUAUUCAGCAGGAAAAGUUACGACAGCUCCGAGACUGCAUUAUUGGGAAGAGACCAGAAGAAGAACACUUCUAUGAUAAAAUCACCAUUGUGCACCAUCCAGAUUUUAAAGAUACUGCCCAAAAUGAAAACAUUUUGUAUGGAACACCUGUUACCAAUAAGCUUUCCUCUCGGCCCCAGGUAGAUAAGGAGUAUGGUUUCUGUUGGAGAAAAGAUAAUUAAGGAGAAUAUUCUAAUGGAGUCUAAGGGUCUAUAAAUGGAUCAAGUCUGUGUUUGGAUUACUUGAUUUCUCAAAGGCAAACUUAUAUUAUGGCAAAAGAAAUUUCU